UAAUAGGAAUAAUUGCAAUAAUGGAGAGACGUAGAUCAACAUUCACGACAUUACCUGCAAUAGAAACACUACAAAGAAAUGUUAAAAAAGCUCCUACUUGUUAUAAAAGGAAAUCUCGAGAUAUCCCUUUUCACCUACCUCAUAAAAAACUAAUGGAUAGAAUAGAAUUUGUGGAAAAAGAACCAGAACCUUUGACUGGAUUUGCUAUUGCCCAGGAAGAUCGAUUCAAGAAUGAGAGGAAAAUUGGAAAACUACAUUUAGAACCCAUAAAGUUUGACCAUGAAAAAAAGAAGAAGACACUUAAAAUCCGUGAAUCCAGCAGCAGCUCUGAUAUGAAUCGAAGGGUAGUUGAUACAAGUGACCCUCUAAAGAUUAAACCCGAAGUUGCCUCACAAAAGGAAGUAAUAAAACAAAUUCGUACUGAUCCUUCCGGUGGAUUUCUGUACAUGAUGUAUGCUGUACAUCCACAGAAUGUUUACUUCACACCAUACUAUCUCAAGGUUGUACCUUAUGAGGAAAUAGAUAAAAAGAAUUAUCUUACGAUUAGUCCUUGUGGUGUUACACAUUACACCAAUGAAAUGGUUUUUACAAAAUUGGCCGAAUGGGAACAGGAGUACACUAUAUUUGUACAACUUACAGAUAUCAAAUUCUUUCGUGUCUAUCGAUACUGGAAAGCUUAUUACGUUUGGCGAAAGUCAAUAUUGUUUCGUAAGUUUAGUAAAACGCGAACGAAGAUUGCUAAUAAAUUAUUCACUCUUACUCCUGUUUUGGGCAAAGCCCUGCUGAGCAUCCAAGCCAUGUGCUGUGAUAUGUACAUGAAAAGCUUUGCCGAUGUAUCGCGGGACAUGGAUACCGCUUUCUUUUACUUCAUUGAAGUUCAGAUGAAAUGCGUCGAAUACGUUCGUGAUAAGCUCUUGGCGUUUCGGUCAAUAGUUCUGGAAGUAGUUACUGCGGCAUGUCAUGCAGCUCUCUACCAGCAGGGCUUUACUCACGACGACAGAAAUGUACUGCCGUUUCAAAUAAUACGGGGCAAACCGACGGGGGGCAUGUCUUACACUGAAAAGGCAAAUAAGAGAAAAUACUGCGAAAGACUUGCGUGUUUUAUUAAAUUGGUAGACUAUAUGAAAAAUUAUAUGCUUCACCGCUUAACGAAGCGGUCGAACAUGAUAAUGGCAGACUUGCUCCGAAAACACAUGGAUUUCACACCCUCGCCAGAGCUCCUUGCCGGUAGCGCCGUAGACGAAGUCUUGGAGAUUUUGCCUCGAGAGACGGAUAAAUGCAAGUGGGCUCUUUUCCAAGUCGACGCGUAUGUCCUGCGAUCUGGUGAAGUUGAACUUAACCCAAACGAAAAAGUCAUUUCUGAGUAUCUUGGAAAAAUAACGAACUACUGGGACGAAUACGUGAGAACUUUCCACAAUUUCCUGAACGAAGAGACCUUGCAGAUGUUUGUGCAGCCGACGGUUAUGGGAAAACAAAUGGAAUGGUCGGCGGGACAAUCGCCAAAUCUAUACUUCCUAAUGAAUCAGGAUAAGAAAAUGAUGAGCGACAUUAUGUUUAUACCGCAAGCCGUACAUCAGUCGUUUGAUAACCUUUGGACUUUCUUACAAAGGCUGAAUGUUUUCAUGGCGAAUUUUAGAGAAGCACACGAAUUAGACUUGAACGUGAUCAGGAACGAAAGAGACGUAAAUGAGUUUCGGAAAUUAUGUACCGAACUUGUAAGACAAAUGGAGGAAAUCGAGGAAGUUGUUAGCUACCAACCGUUGGGCUUGCUGUUCCUUAACCUUUGUCCUUUCCAAGAAAUAUUCAGACCUCAGCCGAGGAAAUUGUUUGACGUCGUUAGCAACGUCACCCCCGAUAUUGGUCACGAUUGCAUCGAAGAUAUUCUGGCCGGCAUUGAUUCCAUCAACAAUGACAUAUCUAAUGAACCGGAGAGCGCCGGCGAGCUGGUCGCCUUUAAUUACUUGUUGGACGGACUCGAAAGUAGGGUGGCGCGUCUUGAGGAGAGACUGGAAUAUUUACGAGAGCUGUACGAUCUUAUGGGUGAAUUUAAUAUCGGGAUACCGCCGGAUGAUAUGAAUGAAUUCCUCGGUUUAAGUGUGAUAUUGGGCACAUUACGUACGAAUGUAGACGCGCGUCUUGAAACGAGAAGCAAACUCGCCGGUUUGUUCGCAAGCCAAAUCGGAAAGGAUAUAAUGGAGCUAAUUCUUGAUAUUAACAAACUCAGGGAUGAAAUAGCGCAACCGUGGCUUUAUGAUGAGAAAUCAGACAUGGAGAAAGUUAUGGAAGUAUUGAAUGAUUUAAUGGAAAAAUUAGUCGGCUAUUCUGCGAGGGAUAAACAGAUAAGGGACUGGCAGAAAAUAUUUAAAAUGCCACCGGCUCGACUAGAGCAGCUCGAUGAAGCAAUAACGGAUGUUAAACUGCGCCAAAUGCUUUGGAAGACUGCUAAGGAAUGGCAUGAGGCAUACAAAACAUGGUAUGAAGUACCUUUCAACACGUUAGAUAUGGACGAGAUACAGACGACGACCACUAACUUUGGUAAAAUAAUCAAUCAGCUGGAUAAGGGACUACCGCCUAACAAAAUAGUGCCUGGGUGCAAGGAGACAAUUGAUAUCAUUAAGGAAAAGUUGCCAGUGAUGUCGUAUCUUCGAAACCCUGCUUUAAAACCGCGUCACUGGGUGAAGAUUGAAGAAAUAUUACACACUCGCUUUACGCCGGAUAUGGUAGUGACUUUGAAAGUGCUGGAGGACUUAGAAGCUUUCCAGCAUGCGGAGGAAUUAAUGGAGGUAGCAGGACAAGCUAGUUCGGAAGCUGGCCUUGAAGCUUUAUUGAAAAAGGUGGAAGAAAUAUGGGCGACGUUAGAGUUUCCAGUUAUAUUACAUAAAGACGCCAAAGAUGUGUACGUUUUGGGCGGUCUGGACGAAAUACAGGCUAGCGUGGACGAGAGCAACAUCCAUGUGAGCACAAUCCUCAGCUCGAGAAAUUGCGGGCCCAUACGCAGCAGAGUCGAAGAGUGGGCAAAAAAUUUGGACUUAUUCGCUAGAACACUAGAAGAAUGGUACUUGUGUCAACAAACUUGGAUCUACCUGGAAGUUAUCUUUUCCGCGCCGGAUAUUCAGCGACAGCUUCCUAAUGAGACUAGACUCUUUACUAUCGUCGAUAAGUCUUGGAAGGAUAUAAUGCGCAAACUAGCAAAGGUACCACUAGCAAUGCCGGCAGCAACACAACCGAAACUUUACGAGGAGUUUGUACGCAACAACGAGAUGCUUGAUCAGAUAAUGAAAUGUUUAGAAGCAUAUUUAGAAACGAAACGCGUUGCCUUUCCGCGGUUCUUCUUCUUGUCUAACGAUGAGCUGCUCGAGAUAUUAGCACAGACGCGCAAUCCGCAUGCAGUUCAACCCCAUCUCCGCAAAUGCUUCGACGCAAUCGCUAAACUCGAAUUCGGAGUUCGUCUCCCUGAAAGUGAGAUGGAAAUUACAGAAGAGGGUAACUUGGUUGAGAAGGAAAUGUCUUUCAACACGCGGGAUGCCUUACAAGCUAAGUUGGCAAAAACAGCCAAGCCUGAAGAUCUGACCACCGAUAUUAUAGCCAUGCUCUCGCCGGAAGGAGAGCGGGUUAAUUUGGGAAAGGGUCUCAAAGCUCGAGGCAAUGUAGAAGACUGGCUCGGUAAAGUAGAAGAAGCAAUGUUCGCGUCGGUAAAGCGGUGCAUGAAAUUUGCGUUGCGAGAUUACAUGCAACGCGAGCGAGUCGACUGGGUUACCCUCCAUCCUAAUCAAGUGGUUCUAACGGUGUCACAAAUAAUGUGGGCAAAGGGGGUGCAUGAAAUAUUGGACCUGGAUAUACCUCUACGUAUCGACACUGGACUUCUGAAUUACGAGGGUAAAUGUAUCUCAGAUUUGAACGAUCUCGCCGCCUUAACGAGAAAAGACCUGAGUUCUUUAUUCAGGAAGGUUCUGUGCGCUCUCAUUACUGUCGAUGUACAUGCUCGGGAUACUAUCACGCAUAUGGUUGAAAAGCAUGUCCAGAAAGCAGACGAUUUUGAAUGGUUGAAAAUGAUUCGCUAUUAUUGGGAAGAUGACAUUGACAACUGUGUUGCGCGAAUGUCCAUCGCUAUGUACAUUUAUGGACACGAAUACCUCGGCGCAGGAGGUGUACUAGUAAUAACACCACUUACUGAUCGUUGCUACUUGUGUCUAAUGGGUGCUCUUCAAUUGGAUCUUGGAGGGGCUCCCGCUGGUCCUGCUGGCACCGGCAAGACUGAAACAACUAAGGAUCUCGCUAAGGCGCUUGCUAUUCAAUGCGUGGUAUUCAACUGUUCCGAAGGUUUGGACUACAAGAUGAUGGGUCGCUUUUUCUCCGGCUUAGCAACAUCUGGUGCCUGGUGCUGCUUUGAUGAGUUUAAUCGUAUAGACAUAGAAGUUCUGUCCGUAAUAGCCCAGCAACUCAUAACCAUCAGAAAUGCAAAAGUUGCUAAGCAGACUCGAUUCAUGUUCGAGGGUCGCGAGAUCAAGUUAGUGCGAACAUGCGCCGCCUUCAUCACAAUGAAUCCCGGCUACGCAGGUCGGACGGAGUUACCUGAUAACUUGAAGGCAUUGUUUCGACCCAUAUCUAUGAUGGUGCCAGACUAUGCCUUGAUCGCUGAAGUUAUAUUAUACUCUGAGGGUUUCGAGUCUUCUAAGGGCCUUGCCAAGAAGAUGGUGCAGAUGUACAAGUUGUCAAGUGAACAACUCUCUAAACAGGAUCACUACGACUUCGGUAUGAGAGCUGUUAAAAGCGUACUGGUGAUGGCUGGAGCACUAAAACGUGCAAGUCCAGACCAACACGAAGAGAAGACGUUGCUCUGCGCACUCAAUGACAGUAAUUUACCAAAGUUCUUGGCAGCGGAUGCGAUACUCUUUGCGGGUAUUCUCUCAGAUCUCUUCCCGGGUGUUGAUUUACCUGAACGCGAUUACGGGAUCAUGGUAGAAGUUAUCAAAACUAUUUUGUUGGAGAGAAAAUUGCAAAUAAUGGAAUGUCAAAUCCGUAAGGUGAUUCAACUGCACGAGACGAUGAUAGUUCGCUGGGGGGUCAUGCUCGUUGGACCCACCGGUGGAGGCAAAACCAUAGUUUUACACGUUCUAGCCGACACUUACAGCCGGUUGUAUGAAAAUGGCGAGGUCGGUCCGCAGUAUCAAAUAGUACAUAAAUAUAUUAUGAAUCCGAAAAGUCUGAGCAUUGGCGAAUUGUAUGGUGAAGUGAACUUGCAGACUCUAGAAUGGCACGACGGCAUCCUUCCCUUAUCUUUAAGAACUGCAGUGCAGUGUGAGAAACCAGACCAUCAAUGGUUGAUAUGCGACGGUCCCGUCGAUGCAGUUUGGAUUGAAAACAUGAAUACUGUCCUAGACGAUAAUAAGAUGCUCUGUCUUUCUAACUCCGAGCGUAUCAAACUGACGCCCUACGUUCAUAUGGUGUUCGAGGUUGCAGAUUUGGCACAAGCUUCCCCUGCAACUGUAUCUCGGUGUGGUAUGGUUUACAUCGAUCCGAAUGAACUCGGGUACUUGCCAUAUGUGCGUAUGUGGCUCGAAGGAGUCAUUGAGAAAAACCUCCUUAGUCAAGAAAAUCAGGAUUUCCUGUACGAACUCUUUAAAAUGCUUGAGGUUGGAAUUGCACAUGUUAAUACGAAGUGCAGUGUUGGAAUUAAACAGGUGGAUAUAAGCAAGGUGAUGGCUUUGUGCUGUCUCCUCGGAGCGUUGUUAUCCGAGCCGGGAGACAGAUUUAUAGAGAAAUCCGCCGUUAAAGUCUACAUCGCGCAUUGCUUCAUCUUCUGCUACGUGUGGUGUAUCGGUAGCAACAUCCUCGAGGCUAACCGCAAGGGUUUCGAAGAGGUAAUUAAAAGACAAUUCGAGGAAUUCGAGGAGUCUGAGUAUUUUCCUCAAGGCUUCAAUUUCUUCGAUAUGUUUAUGGACACAAAACAGCGCAAGCUUAAGGUGUGGGCGGAGAUAAUACCGGAGUUCUUGUACGACAGCAAUCAGCCGUUCUUCGAGACCUUAGUACCGACUAUAGAUACAGUUCGUUACGGAUAUCUUUUUGAGAAGCUCCUGUCUGCCGGAAAACCAGUUAUGUUCACUGGAAAUACUGGGGUAGGAAAAACAUGCAUAGCCGCUGAGAUUCUUAAAAAGAUGGCAACAUCUGGUAUAUACAUUCCCAUGAUAUUGAAUUUUUCUGCACAAACUAGCAGUCCAAGAACGCAGGAAGUUAUAGAGCUGCGUUUAGAUAAAAGACCAAGGAAAGCUAUUGGGGCACCGCUGGGUAAAAAAGUUAUUAUAUUUAUUGACGAUGUAAAUAUGCCUCGUCUCGACGUUUAUGGAGCUCAGCCCACUAUUGAAUUGCUGCGGCAGUUUUUAGACUUCGGUGGCUUAUAUGAUCGCGAUAAGCUAUAUUGGAAGGAGAUAUUAGACGUAGUAUUGUCAUGCGCCUGCGCACCCCCCGGAGGUGGCCGUAACCCUCUGACUGGGCGCUUCGUGAGGCAUUUCGCUAUGUUUUAUAUAUCUGCACCUAAUUCCGAUGCUAUGAAGACCAUAUUUAAGGCCAUUCUGUCCGGGCACAUGGAAGAUUUCGUCACCGAAGUAUCCGUACUCGGCGACUCCAUAGUAAACGCAGCGGUGGAAGUGUAUCUUAAGAUAUGUUCAGAACUGUUACCAACACCAGCGAAAUCGCAUUACGUAUUCAACCUGCGAGAUCUGUCCAAAUCUAUGCAGGGAGUGUUGCAAGCCAAUGCCGCAUAUAUGAGAGCGCCCCAAGCGAUGCUACGAUUAUUCUAUCACGAAUGCCUCCGUGUCUUCCACGACCGAUUGAUCAAUAUUGAAGAUAAGAGCUACUUCUACCGUCUCAUGAGUACCGUCUGUCAGAAGAAUUUCCAACAACCGAUACUCGAGAUACCAGACGACCCGAUAAUCGAACAGCCGCCUAUACUUCUAUUCGGAGAUUUUUUGAAUUCGUCCACGCCCAAAGAGAAUAGGAUUUAUCAAGAAAUACCUGAUCUUGACAAAUUGACGGUUGUAUUAAAGGAAUACUUAGAAGAAUACAAUUCUACGGCCCGUGCGGAGAUGCAUUUAGUAUUGUUCCGUGACGCAAUCGAGCACGUGGUUCGAGUGGCUCGCGUGUUUCGCGCCGAGAGAGGACACUGCCUCAUGGUGGGGCCGGGAGGUUCCGGCAGAAGAUCCGUAGCCACGCUCGCCGGACAUGUCAAUGAGUGCAAAUGCAUGGGCAUGGAGUUGAAACGCAACUACGACACACCGGAGUUCCACGAUGACCUCCGCAACAUGUACAUGCGCGCAGGUGUCAACAGCGAGGACACAGUCUUCCUCUUCACCGACACGCAGAUAACUAAAGAGGAGUUCCUCGAAGAUAUAAAUAACAUGCUAAACUCAGGUGAGGUACCUAACCUCUUCGAAGGCGAUACGUACGAGCAGGUACAGUCGGGUUGUCGUAACGACGCAGCCAAAGCUGGAAUUAAUCCGGGUGACCGAGACGCCGUCUACUAUUAUUUCAUCAACAAAGUCCGCAGUAAACUACACCUUUGUAUUUGCAUGAGCCCUGUAGGGGAAGCGUUCAGACGCCGCUGCCGCAUGUUUCCGUCUUUAGUAAAUUGCUGUACGAUCGACUGGUUCACGAAGUGGCCGCCAGAGGCGCUGCGGUCUGUCGCCAAACAAUGCUUGCAGCCGCUUGAAGACGAAAACAUUGUAGAUAAGAUUUCGAUGCUCGCUGUAUCAAUGCAUCAGGACGUGGAUGUUAUGACGGAGCGUCUAUACGAGGAGAUGCGACGGCACUUCUACACUACACCAAGCAGCUACCUCGACUUGUUGAAGCUCUAUCUCUCGCUACUAGACAAGAAACAACAAGAAAUUAUAAGAGGAAGAGAUCGUAUCUCUUGUGGACUUCAGAAACUAUACGAAACGUAUGAGGUAGUCGGUGUGAUGGAACAACAAGUGCGCGAAAUGGAACCUGUUCUUGCAAAAAAAGCUGAGGAGGGCAUGGCGCUUGUAGCUCGUCUUAAAGUCGAACAGAAAGCAGCUGAUGAGGUGAAGCAGGCUGUCAUGAAGGAUGAAGCAGAAGCAAAGAUUAAAGCGGAGGAAGUAAAACAAAUAGCGGAUGAAGCGAAAGCUGAUUUGGCUUUGGCUAUGCCUGCGAUGGAGGCCGCACAGAACGCACUCAAAGCCCUUAAUAAGGCAGACAUCAACGAAUUAAAGGCUUUCCAGAAACCACCGCCCCUAGUGCGCUUCGUUAUGGAACCUGUGUGCAUACUUCUUGGGGGCAAACCAGAUUGGGAUUCGACGAAAAAGUUACUAGCUGAUGUAAACUUCAUACGAAACUUAGAAGAAUACGAUAAAGAUCACAUUCCUGAAACAAUGCUCAAGAAAAUAAAAGUAUAUCUGACACACAAGGACUUUAAUCCCGAUACCGUAGUCAAAGUUUCCAAGGUAUGUCGUUCUAUGGUUUUGUGGGUGCAAGCAAUUGAUAUGUAUGCAAAAGUCUUCAGAGUUGUGGAGCCGAAAAUAUUGAAGCAUAAAGAAGCUGCGGCCAUAUUGAAAAGUGUGAUGGCGGUACUGCGAGCGAAACAAAAAGAAGUAGAGGCUAUCGAAGCGCAGCUAGCUAAAAUGAUGGACGAGUUGAAGGUUGUAGAAGAGGAGCGUUUGAAACUCCAAGCGGACGUAGACUUAGCGGCAGCUCGAUUGUUACGCGCUGGCAAACUCACACAGGCCCUCGCUGAUGAGAAAACGCGCUGGGAAGACGGUGUUAAGGCAGCAACAUUCAGACUGAAAUGUACAACAGGUGAUGUCAUAAUAGCUUCGGGUUGUAUCGCUUACUUCGGCGCCUUCCCGUCGCAUUACCGCCGUGAACUCGAAAAUAAAUGGGUGCUACAUUGCCAGGAACUGGAGAUACCUUCCUCGUCAAGCUUCGAUUUGAUAACUGUAAUGGCGGACUCAUACACGGUGCGUACAUGGAACGCACAAGGCUUGCCACGCGAUGCUAUCUCCACUGAAAAUGGAAUUCUGGUAACUCGUGCAGGAAGAUGGCCACUUACAAUUGAUCCACAAGAGCAGGCUAACCGGUGGGUGAAAAAUAUGGAGCGUGAUAACGGUAUACAAAUAACAAAACUAAAUGAUCCAGCCUAUCUUCGUAUCCUAGAGAACUGUAUCAGAUUAGGCUGGCCCAUGCUCAUUGAGGAUCUGGGCGAAACGCUUGAAGCGACCCUCUCACCUGUACUAUUGAAGCAAACGUUCCUUCAGGCAGGUCGUCUCUUAAUCCACCUCGGUGACAGCGACAUAGAGUACGACACGAACUUCCGUUUGUAUCUAACAACUAAGCUGGCAAAUCCUCAUUACUUGCCAGAGAUCUGCAUACAAGUUACACUGGUCAACUUCACCGUAACUCUAUCUGGACUUGAGGAUCAGCUACUUGCGGACGUGGUGCGUCUGGAAAGACCAGAUCUGGAGCUGCAGAGAUCAGAAUUGAUCGUUCGCAUAAACACUGAUAAGGCGACAUUAUUGGAGAUCGAGGAUAAAAUACUACGUCUUCUAUACGCGUCAUCGGGCAAUAUCCUAGAUGAUGAAGAGUUGAUUGAAACACUUAAUGAGAGCAAGGAAACAUCAGAAAUAAUAAAUGCUCGACUUGAAGAAACUGAAGCAACGGAGAUCAGAAUAUCGGCUGCUCGUGAGAAGUACCGCACAGUGGCCACUCGAGGCGCCGUACUAUACUUCGCCGUGGCUCAGCUCGCAGACAUCGAUCCUAUGUACCAGUUCUCGUUGAAAUACUUCAAUCAGGUAUUUAACCUAGUUAUCGAGAAGAGCGAAAAAUGUGACAUCCUGGAAGAGCGCCUAGAGAUCUUGUACCGCGAGAUAACCUUGUCCGUAUACCGCAACGUUUCGCGGGGUCUGUUUGAGAGACACAAGCUAGUGUUCAGCUUCCUACUGAAUGUGGCGAUAUACUUGCACGACGGGCGCAUCACGCAGCAACAGUGGAACUUCGUGUUGAGAGGACCGGCUGGAACUAAAGUGGUACCACCUAAGAAACCUCCAAUAGAAUCGCUGACAGAACAGAUGUGGCUAGCAGUCAACUCUCUAGAAGACUCCGACCCUAGCUUCACAGGGCUCGCUGCGGACUGUCUCCGAAAUAUUCCCAUUAAACUAGGCACAUUUGCUUUGGAAAUUCACAUAAACAGAACGGACAAAACGCCUCCAAAAAUAGCAUGGGACGAGACAUUGGAUACAUUUCAGAAGUUAAUGUUAAUAAAAUCUCUAAAAGAAGAAAAGCUCGUGUUCGCCAUCGCCCAGUAUGUGAGCACGAGUUUAGGAUCCGUGUUCAUAGAGAGUCCUACUGUACAGCUCAAUACAUUAUACGCUGACACAUCUUGUACAAUACCUUUAGUAUUUGUGCUGAGUACUGGUUCGGAUCCGUUUGGAGCUUUCCAGAAGUUUGCAACUGAAAUGGGCGUAAGAGACCGUGUUCACUCUAUAUCUCUGGGGCAAGGACAAGGUCCUGUUGCUGAAAAAUUGAUUAAUAACGCUAAACCUAAAGGAGACUGGGUUUUCUUGCAGAAUUGUCACUUAGCGGCAUCAUGGAUGCUCAGCCUUGAAGUAAUAGUGGCUAACAUGAGCAGCGACCAAUCAAAUCUGCAUACGGAUUUCCGACUAUAUUUAAGUUCUAUGCCAACACCAAAGUUUCCAGUGUCUGUACUUCAGAAUUCUGUUAAAGUCACCAAUGAACCACCUAAAGGUCUCAAAGCAAAUGUGAAGAGAGCUCUCAUAGAGAUCGAAGAAGAUUUCUUCGAAAAUAAUGUGCUGGAACAGGACUGGCGAACAAUGCUAUUCGGGAUAUGUAUGUUCCACGCAAUUAUACAAGAAAGGAAAAAGUUUGGUCCGCUCGGUUGGAAUAUUACUUAUGAGUUCAACAAUAGCGAUCGCGAGUGCGCUAUGCUUAAUCUACAAAUGUUCUGCGCAUCGGGACACAUUCCAUGGGACGCGUUAGAAUAUAUAACUAGUCAGAUAACAUAUGGUGGUCGUGUAACGGAUAUGUGGGACCAAAGAUGCUUGACCACAAUUCUGAAGCAAUUCUUCUCGCCGCCUACGCUCGAGGAUAGCUACACUUACUCUCCGUCCGGCACCUACUAUUGCCCGCGCCUCGAAAAAUUGAAUGAUGUCCGUGAUUACAUCGACACGCUACCAGUCAUCGAGAAUCCGGAAGUGUUUGGAAUGCACGAGAAUGCUAAUAUUGCAUAUGAGCACAAGGAGACCAGUACAUUAAUCAAGACGAUAGUAGAUGUUCAACCUCGUGCCGGUGGCACCGGAGGCGGAGAUACACCCGACCAAAUCGUUUGGCGAAUCUGUGAGCAGACACGAGCCGUGGUCGUGACUAAGGUGGACAAAGAUCUGGUCAACCCGUCACUGAUGCAGCCGGAUGACUGCGGCCAGCUGCACUCUCUUACCACGGUGCUGCUGCACGAAACGGAUAGAUUCAACGUGCUCUUAGCCCUCAUCCACAGCUCUCUCAACGAACUUCAGAAGGCUAUUAAGGGUAUCGUUGUUAUGUCGGAGGCGUACGAGGAGGUGUUUAAUUCGUUCCUCAACAACAAGGUGCCCGAAAUGUGGCACCGUCGCGGGUAUAACUCACUCAAAUCGCUCGGUAGUUGGAUACAUGAUCUGACUCUCCGCAUCGACUUUGUAGAGAAAUGGUUAAUAGAUGGUGCCCAGGAAAGCAGUUGGGUUUCGGGGUUGUUCUUCCCGCAGGGCCUGCUGACGGGCGCGCUGCAAGCCUAUGCAAGACGGUAUCGCGUACCAAUCGAUGCCUUGAUGUUCGACUUCGAACCUCAACGAUUUUUCCUUUCUCAGGAGGACGUAUACCGGCAUAACAAAAAGAAGACGAAGGAUGAUGGGAAGAGUGUGUUCGGUUCCCUAGAAAAGCCCGAGGAUGGUGUAAAUAUCCACGGGCUGUUUAUUGACGCCGGCCGCUGGGAUCCCGCAAAAAACCUACUGAUCGAUGCAUUACCAGGUCAAAUGAACCCACCUCUACCGGUGGUGUGGUUCAAGCCGGUGUUGAGCCUGCCCAAGCCCGACCCGCGUUACGAGGCGCCGCUCUACAAGACGUCGGAGCGUGCUGGCACACUAUCCACCACAGGGCACAGUACAAACUUCGUGCUGCCCGUGCUGCUGCCCUCCAAUAUGCAUUCAGACUUCUGGAUCGUACGCGGGACGGCGCUGCUUACGCAAAUUACAGAUUGAAGCUUUUCGAUUUUUAAUAUCGAUAUUUUAGUAUGUUUUUAUAAGAUUUUACUGUAUUUUACGGUAGUUUUUAA